AUGUCUCAGCUCAAUAUUGCUAUGAAGAAGAAUUCGAUGAGGAAGAACAAGAAAUUGGUAGUAAAUAUCGCUCCAAAAAACGAAGCUCUUGCUUCAAGGUCGGUGGAAGCUGACCAUGAUCUCGGUUCCUCAAGAGAUGAGGAUCAAAGCAAAAUUGAAUCAUCAGAGAGACGAAGAGACGUGUUUCACAAGGUUGAGGUUGGUACAGGUUUAUCAGGCGCAUUAAAGCGUCUCAGAGAGCAAGGAACUUUCAAGGAGAAGAAAGGCAAGCUUGUUGUAGGAGGUGUUACGGACAAUUAUGGAGAUGACAGAUUCAGAGAUGCUUUUAAGGACAUUCGGAUUGAGAGAGUGGAUGAGCAUGGCAGGAUGUUGACUGAGAAGAAGCGUUUCGGUUACUGUGUCACGGAUUCCAUGGGAAGAAACCUGGGAAGAGGAAGGAAGAGAAACGGAAUAGGAAACACCAAGAUCAGUCGAAGCAGAUGGAAUCUUCAGAAAGAGCUGUGGAAAAAUGAGACAACUUCAUGCCGGUUUAAAGACUCCUUACGUUGUUCUCUAAUCUUUUCUGAUUCUUGA